AUGACUCUUUCACUACCUCCAGCGCUCCAGAAGAGCCUCGAUGAAAGUCGAGUCGAAUAUGUGAGGCUCGGCACAUCUGGUCUUCAAGUCUCUGUACCAAUCCUUGGAGCCAUGUCCUUUGGCUCCUCUCGGUGGAUGCCGUGGGUGCUCGAUGAAGAUGCCUCAAUUGAGAUGCUCAAGGCUGCUUAUGAUCGAGGUUUAAACACAUGGGACACUGCAGACAUGUACUCGAAUGGCAUCAGCGAGGAAAUUAUCGGGAAAGCUCUCAAGAAGCACAAUAUUCCACGCGAGAAGGUUGUCAUCAUGACCAAGUGCUUCAUCGCCGUGGCUGAUCAACCAGACAUUUUUGCUGCUCCGUGGCAGCGAGAGAUGUCGCAGAUGAAGGAUUAUGUCAAUCGAGCAGGUCUCUCCCGAGCCGCCAUAUUCAAGGCCGUCGAUGCGUCGCUUCAGCGUCUCGGAACCAAUUACAUCGAUCUCUUCAUGGUGCACCGCUUCGACCCCUCUACGCCGAUCGAAGAGACAAUGCGAGCUCUAAACGACCUGGUUGCGUCUGGCAAAAUAAGAUACAUUGGAGCCUCCUCGAUGUGGGCAACGCAAUUUGCGCGCAUGCAAUCCGUGGCUGAGAAGAACGGUUGGACCAAGUUUAUCAGCAUGCAAAACUACUACAACUUGUGUUACCGCGAGGAAGAGCGGGAGAUGAUCCGGUAUUGUAAUGAAACCGGCGUAGGCAUUAUACCCUGGUCGCCCAACUUUGGCGGUAAAUUGGCGAAGCCACUCGGAGACGCAACGUCGACGAGAGCGCAGAUGCCUUCGCCAACAGGCAACCUUACCAAGGAAGACGAAGAGAUCAUCCGCCGGGUUGAGAAAUUGGCCACUCGGAAAGAUUGGAAGAUGAGCCACGUUUCUCUCUCCUGGCUUCGAAGCAAGGGUGCGGUACCUAUUGUUGGUUUAAACUCGUUGCUUAGACUUGAGGAAGCUUGUGAGCUGCGCGGGAAGGAGUUGACAGCCGACGAGAUUAGUUUCUUGGAAGAGCCGUAUGUUCCCAAGAACAUUGUUGGUCAUGUCUAA